AUGGCCGCACCUCCAGAUCUUUCGUCAUUCCAGGCUUCCGAUUUCCACUACACAAACACGAUCCAUCCACCAUCAGACACGCCAUACAUGGCGGCCUCAAAUCCCGAAAUUCCACAGAACCACCUUGUGCCGCCAUUUGCACCGACUCCACCUCCUGCAGUGAUUGCACGCACUCACCCACCAUCACCCCCACCAGCACCAGCAGCGAAUGAUCCUCUUCUGCUUGUGGGCGAGAAUGAGCAAGGCAGCCGCAACGAGCAGAGUCAUAGCCGUGAUGGCAGCAGAAGCCGUAGUCGGUCACCGUCUUCACACAACUCAGAAGACGAUGAAGAGAGUGACCAUGAGGAAGCACCGGACCCGCAGCAGCAAUGGAGGCCGCUGAUCGAGGACACGAGCGUGCCCUGCGCAGAUGAGAUUGCAGUCGCUACAGCAAGAGGCGAGCACCGAGCCACAGACGAUGAAUACUGGCAUGAGCAGACAUUCCUCGACGUCGAAGCUGAGGGACUCGUACCCAUCCGCAGAGGACACAUCGACUGGACGAUUCCGCACUUCAACGGUACAAAAGACGACCCAAACACACAGACUCUAAUGCAAUCACCCGUGGUCCACAUAGGUGGUUAUGACUGGCGCAUCAAGUUCUAUCCCAAAGGCAACAGCACCGACUUCAUGAGCGCGUAUAUCGAGUGUGUCACCAUGCAGGAUCCCGAGUAUGCUGAGUACGAAGACUUCAAGACGCCCCCGUUCCCGUUUCUGGAGGGUCAGGACACUAGUAACAUCAGAAAGCGACGUACUUUUGCUGCCCAGCUGUCGCUCAUUGUUUACAAUCCCGCCGAGCCCCGAGCAUUCAAGGUUGAGGUCGACGCACACCGGUUCUCGAAGGCUUCGGCCGAUUAUGGAUGGCGGUACUUUGCUCAGCUUGCUGAGCUGCAGACUCGUUCCCACGGUCAGCGUCAAGCUAUACUGCGUAACGACAAGCUUGCCUUGAAGGCGCAUAUUCGUGUACUGAAAGACCCUUCUGGUAGCAUGUGGGCACAUGAUCAUACCGAUCAUUACAAAGACUGCUUGCAGACCACGGCUCUUCGACCCUUUGCUGGUCAGGCUCCACAUCUCAUGGCUAUGGUGGCGUUGUUGCACUUCAGACCGUUUCGAACAGAGACUAUCUUGUGGAAGAUGUUCUCACGCGAUCAUUCCGCGCAUUACAAGCGUCGUCCAGAUCCUAUGGAGACCAUCGACACUGUCUCUUGCAUCAAGACCAUCGCAGAGAACGUUCUCAAGGAGUGUGGAUCGGACUUGGCAUGUCCAACUCUUGGCUCAUUCGACGUCGCCGAGACAGCGUUCUCUCACAAUCGCUUAAGGACCAAAGACUUCGCUUCUCUCCAGGAGGCUAUCAACAAUCAUCCCACUGCUCUCGCCACCCCUGAAUUGCUGACGCUCGAGCUGCAGAGGCAAGAGUUUGAUACCGAGAAACGCAAGUGGCGAAAGCUCACGAACAAGGUGAAAAUUGACUCUUCCUUAACGGUUCGCGAAGUGAAGUAUGAGCUUUAUGCAGUGAUCACACACUGCGGUGAGCUUCAGUCGAACAAGCACAAUGCCUACAUCAAGCCGGACAUGGACUAUGACGUCUGGUAUGCCUACACAGAUAGGCGGGUGACAAUUCAAACUCGAGAGCAAGCAGUUGACAAGCACGAAGGCGUACCGCCUCGAGAGAAGGAGAAUAGGAGAGACUCACCCUUUGGCGAUAUUCUCGAUCCAAGCGAGAACAGCGAGGUCAUUUACGUGGCGCUUUACAGGAAGUGUGCCAAUUAUAGCAGAAUCAUGCCAGUCACAGAGAAAUGGGACGUCCCGAACGAGAUCCAGAAGGGUCUUGAUCUACCACAGGCUAAGGAGGCCAAGCUUCCACCGCAGCCGUCCGAAGAAGUCUCGGAUCUCUCGUUCCGGGCUGAGCAGCUCGCAUAUGAGCAACAGCAGCAUGCCGCCGGCGCUGCGACACCAGAAUGGCCCAUGACCGACUGUGAUGGCGAUGUCAUCAUGAGCGACACCGAGGACGACAUGCCAUCGCCACCCACCGAGCUCGCACAAUCCACCACCCUCGCCGCACUCCCCACAAAGCCCUCCCGCUCCCACAAAUACCUCGCCGUCUGCGACAGCCUCGGUCGCGAAUGGUACUCCGGUGAGAUGUUCGGCGAUAAAUAUCAAGGCCAAGGCCAUCUCGUAACCACGUCAGGCGAUCAAUACGUCGGUAACUUCUACCAAGGCAAAUACGAGGGUCGCGGCAGGAUCGUUUACGCUUCCACCGGCGACAUCUACGAUGGCGAGUGGCUUGGCGGCAAACACCACGGCCAGGGCUCAUUGCUCGAAGUCGCGACAGGCAAUGUGUUUGAAGGUGGCUGGAAGGAGGGCGAGAAGCAUGGGGAGUUCUUACUGCGGGGCAAGGUCACCGAGGAGGAUAGAGGUCAUUGCACCAUCUGCUAUGAGCGGAAGCUGACAACGGCGUUCUACGAUUGUGGACAUGUGCUUACGUGUAAGGAGUGUGCGGAGAAGCUGGAUACUUGUCCUGUCUGUCGCAGAAAGAUUCAUGCGAGGUUGCAGAUUUAUGGGGUCAAGAUGUCGCUGCAAUGA